UUAAUGUGAUGGAUGGGAAAGUUAAAAGUUGAUAUAUAUGACGGGAUAUAUAUCUGUCCGCGCCCCUUAUGUUCUGCCUGCCGGCGCUACUCGUUUCUUGAUUUGAUACCCCGAUUCAUCCAUCCCUCACUAUUAGACAUUUGUUCUCGCUAGUUGUCUUCAUAUUCACUCACUCGAUCCUCUUCUAAAAGGAAACACCAUCCAUCCAUCCAAAAUGCACAUCUCAACCCCCCUCACCCUCCUAACCCUCCUCAAAUGUACACCCAUUCUCGCCCUCGACUACACAAGCACCUACAACCUCGCCUCCCCAACCCGCUGGGACGCAAACCUCAUCGACACCCCCAACAACAUCUCCUGUACUAUUACCUACAACGAUGUUUCUUCUCUCCUCAUCCCCGAUUCGGAUGGUUAUCUCAGUAGUCCAAUUCCAAUCGCUAUACCGUGUAGUAAUGUGAAUUAUGUUGCUAGGACUUUGGUCGGGAAGAAUAGUUCGGUGAUUAGUUAUUCGGUGCCGGGGAAAGAAGUGGUUACUUUUUCGACGGGGAGUAGGAGUUUGUUGGGGGAUGGGGAGGUUGUUCAGAUGGUUUUUGGGGCCUGAUUUAUGGUUGAUGGAUUGGGGGGAUUGGUUGGGAUGUGGAAGGUGAAGGAGAAGGAGAAGAAGGGAAAAAGUGUGGAGGUUUAAAGGGGGGAGUAACCCGACUUGCCUAACACACAAGACAAGAAGGAAGAGUAGGAAAAUAUUGAAAAUAUGAAGGAGGUAGUAAUGGCAGAUAGAGAACAAAAGG